AUGGCGGUACGAGCAAUGUUCGAGAACUCCAAUGAAGUCGGUGUCUUCGCCAAUCUCACAAACACCUACUGCCUGGUUGCCAUCGGCGCCUCUGAGAACUUUUACUCCAUCUUCGAAUCCGAACUCGCAGACCUGAUCCCGAUCACCCACUGCACAAUCGCAGGCACACGUAUUGUGGGUCGCCUGACCGCAGGCAACAAGAAUGGCCUACUAGUCCCGACAUCCACCACGGACCAAGAAUUACAACACCUGCGGAACACGCUACCGGACAGCGUAAAGAUAGAAAGAAUCGAAGAAAGAUUAUCAGCACUCGGCAACGUAGUGGCAAGCAAUGACCACGUUGCUCUGGUCCAUCCGGACAUCGAACGAGAAACCGAGGAGAUCAUCGCGGAUACGCUAGGCGUUGAAGUCUUCAGACAAACUAUCGCUGGAAACGUCCUAACAGGCUCGUAUAUGUCCCUCUCCAACCAGGGCGGCAUCGUCCACCCGAAGACAAGUAUCCAAGACCAAGACGAACUCAGUUCAUUACUACAAGUGCCUCUUGUGGCGGGCAGUGUGAAUCGAGGUAGCCCGGUCGUCGGUGCUGGCAUGGUGGUCAACGACUGGCUUGCAGUGACGGGCAACGACACGACCGCCACGGAGCUGAGUGUUAUCGAAAGCGUCUUCAGACUCGGUGAGGGCGGUCCUGGCGGACUGGACGCAAGAAUGAACGCCAACAAGGAGAGUAUCGUCGAGAGCUUUUACUAG